AUGCAAUUCCCAUCUGCUCUUAUUUUCGGCCUUUUACUCCAAUCCGCUGUUGCCGAACCUGUACGAGCCGCCCAGCCCCAAGGUAGUUGUCCAGCCGGGCAAACUCCUCGUAUUAACGGCCGAUGUCCCACCGGUGCGUUUGAUUCUGGCGGUGUUAGAUGCCCUACUGGUUCGGUGCCUCCUCAAAAUGGCCAAUGCCCUUCUAGUUAUCAACCUUGCAACCCAGGUUAUUUAGCGAAGCGAGAUGACGGUACGGCCCACAGUCUUGUCCCCCGCGACGGUGGCGUUAUCGCCGCUUUGGGGUGUGUUAUUGUUUCCGCUUGGUGUUGUAUGUUGUGUUGCUGCAGACCUCCCAAAGAUGAGAAAGGGAAAAAAAAGGACAGAUAUAACUCCGGUUUUAUGGAUGGGUGGAUUGCGAGCAACAUUGCUUCUGAUAUUUGA